CUCUCAGCAGCAGCAGCAUCCAGGCAGCAUGAGGACAACUGCUCUGGUAUACUUGGCCGCAGUGCUUCUGUCGUCGGCAUGGGCAGGCGACACGAGCGCUGGUGAGGCGCCAGCCAAGAAGGACAAACGGGGGAUCUUCACCGGCGAACACAGCUACAUCGGCGGAGGAGGCAUCGGUCUGGGCAGCAGCUACGGAGGACUGUCCGGUGGCAUCGGCGGAGGCCUCUCCAGCUACGGCGGGUCCUACGGCUACGGCGGUGGCUACGGAGGAGGUUACGGCUACGGCGGCGGCUACGGCGGCGGCUACGGCGGCGGCUACGGCGGCGGCUACGGUGGAGGAAUCGGACUGUCAUCUGGAUCCAUCGGUCUCGGCUCCGGAGGAAUUGGCUUGAGCUCUGGCGGAAUUGGCCUCGGCUCCGGAAUUGGACUCGGAUCCGGAAUUGGUCUUGGUUCCGGAAUUGGUCUCGGCGCUGGUGGUCUCGGAGGUGGAGCCGGGGGAAUCGGACUGGGAUCUGGCGGUAUUGCCUCUGUCGCUGUCGCCCCUACGCAGACCGUCGUGCAGACUGUGAGGGUACCGCAGCCAGUCCCCGUCCCGGUGACCGUCAACCGCCCGUACCCGGUGCCCCAGCCGGUACCUGUCCCGGUAAACCGCCCGGUGCCCGUACCCCAGCCGUACCCUGUGCGAGUUCCCCACCCCGUCCCGGUCUCCGUGCCCCGACCCUAUCCCGUGGAAGUCCCCCGCCCCGUGCCCGUGCCCGUUAACAGGCCCGUCCCCGUCCCCGUGCCCCAGCCUUACCCAGUCCGCGUCCCGCACCCCGUCCCCGUCGGAGUCCCCCAGCCCUACCCGGUCCGUGUGCCCGUCCCCCACCCCGUUCCGGUACCGGUCUCAACCGGAAUCUCCAGCAUCGGAAUCGGUAGUGGAAUCUCCUCUGGCGGCAUCAUCUCAGGAGGUGGUCUCGGAGGAGGGCUCGGAGGAGGUCUCGGAGGAGGACUGGGAGGCGGCAGCAUCAUCUCCUCUGGCUCCCUGGGCGGUGGUCUGAUCGGUGGAGGGUACGGCGGAGGAUACGGCGGUUCGUACGGAUACGGCGGAUCCUACGGAUAUGGUGGCUCGUCUGGUGGACUGAUCUCUUCGGGGCUCUCAGGAGGAGUCCUGAAGGGAACCUACGUCCCCAGCAUCGCCGGAGGCCUCAGCGGUGGCAGCUUGUACUCUGGUAGCCUCUCCUCCAGCUACGGAGGUGGUUACGGCGGUGGCUACAAGAGCUACUACAAAAAGCAGGUAUACCUGGCCGCAGUGCUCCUGUCGUCGGCAUGGGCAGGCGACACGAGCGCUGGUGAGGCGCCAGCCAAGAAGGACAAGCGGGGGAUCUUCACCGGCGAACACAGCUACAUCGGCGGAGGAGGCAUCGGUCUGGGCAGCAGCUACGGAGGACUGUCUGGGGGUCUGUCCGGCGGCAUCGGCGGCGGUUUGUCCAGCUACGGCGGGUCCUAUGGCUACGGCGGUGGCUACGGAGGAGGUUAUGGCUACGGCGGCGGCUACGGCGGCGGCUACGGUGGCGGCUACGGAGGAGGAAUCGGACUGUCAUCUGGAUCCAUCGGUCUCGGCUCCGGAGGAAUUGGCUUGAGCUCUGGCGGAAUUGGCCUCGGCUCCGGAAUUGGACUCGGAUCCGGAAUUGGUCUUGGUUCCGGAAUUGGUCUCGGCGCCGGUGGUCUCGGAGGUGGAGCCGGGGGAAUCGGACUGGGAUCUGGCGGUAUUGCCUCUGUCGCUGUCGCCCCUACGCAGACCGUCGUGCAGACUGUGAGGGUACCGCAGCCAGUCCCCGUCCCGGUGACCGUCAACCGCCCGUACCCUGUGCCCCAGCCGGUACCUGUCCCGGUAAACCGCCCGGUGCCCGUGCCCCAGCCGUACCCUGUGCGAGUUCCCCACCCCGUCCCAGUCUCCGUGCCCCGACCCUACCCCGUGGAAGUCCCCCGCCCCGUGCCCGUGCCCGUUAACAGGCCCGUCCCCGUCCCCGUGCCCCAGCCUUACCCGGUCCGCGUCCCGCACCCCGUCCCCGUCGGAGUCCCCCAGCCCUACCCGGUCCGUGUGCCUGUCCCCCACCCCGUUCCCGUACCGGUCUCAACCGGAAUCUCCAGCAUCGGAAUCGGUAGUGGAAUCUCCUCUGGCAGCAUCAUCUCUGGAGGUGGUCUCGGAGGAGGGCUCGGAGGAGGUCUCAGAGGAGGACUGGGAGGCGGCAGCAUCAUCUCCUCUGGCUCCCUGGGCGGUGGUCUGAUCGGUGGCGGGUAUGGCGGAGGAUACGGCGGUUCGUACGGAUACGGCGGAUCCUACGGAUAUGGUGGCUCGUCUGGUGGACUGAUCUCUUCGGGGCUCUCGGGAGGAGUCCUGAAGGGAACCUACGUCCCCAGCAUCGCCGGAGGCCUCAGCGGUGGCAGCUUGUACUCUGGUAGCCUCUCCUCCAGCUACGGAGGUGGUUAUGGCGGUGGCUACAAGAGCUACUACAAGCACUAGAACCUGGCACAAAUGACACCAGUCCAAAGCAUACAACGCUCCCUAGGGAAGAAGUGAAGAAAGCACGAUGCCAAUCAAAACACAGGAAGACGUUCUCUACGCUGCAGUAUGGGGAUGCCUCUGGAUGAAAGUGUUGAGCUAUCUCUCCAAUGUCCAAUUUUGGCUGGUGUGGAAUGGGCUUCAGAUCUCUCGCCGAGAUGGAAGCAGCUUUCCACCUAGUACGAUAUUCCCAAGGAAUCGAUGCUGCUCACCAAGUCAUAUUGUUCAUAAAUUUAUAUUCACUUCAUUCACUAUCAUGUUAUUUCAACAUCAACCAUAUUCUUCGAGCCUUAAUUCACAUUUCUCCAUUGUCGUUUUGUGAUAUUUUGUACAAGAGAAAAGUCUUUCACUUUCUUAA